AUGUCCCUCCCGUAUGAAGUGUUGAACAAAUCAGGUCCCAAAAGUAUAGAUACCGUGGCCCUCGCAUGGGCACCCCUCCAUGCAAUGAACACGAGUCUAAGGGAGCAAUCCAAACUCGGAGGCACCCUAUUGGGAUACUUAUGCGAUAAAAUACUACAUCCCGUCUCGUUUGAUUUGAACCGAUCAUCCAAAAUGCGCGUUUCCGCAAUCUUCGCUAUCAUCUCUGCAUUGAGCAUGACUGCUCUGGCUCUUCCUGCACCUGUCCCUGAGGACCUCGACAUUGCUGAGGUAAAUGCCGGCCUCGCGGCUCGGGAUGCGCCAGCGGAAGCUAUCCCCGAUGAUUUCGCUGGUGACCUUGCUGGUCUGGAUGACGACGACGAUGUUGAUGGGUUCAAUGAGAAUCCCGCUGGUGCAUUUCAAAAGAGAGGCUGGAGCUGCGGCUUCUUUGGUGGAAAUGACGAGCCAUGCCACCAGCAUUGCAAGAGCAUCAGGGGCUACAGAGGUGGUUACUGCAAGUUCGGAGCUGGUUUCGAUGCCACUAGCGGGUUCAUGAUGAACGAAGCAGAGAGAAAAAAAUAUGGCAGGUUUCUGGAAGGAAAAAAACGGACGUGA